AUUCAAAAUGAAACUCUUCAAGAUCAAUUUAACGAUUUGAAAAAAGAAUUAAAACAAAAGGAAGAAAAAAUACAAGAACUACAAGAAGAAUUAAAUAUUAAAGAAUCAUGUAUUAAUGAAUUAUUAGAGCAUAUUUUAUACUAUAUGACACAUUUUGGACCUGCAUUUCAA